GUUUGUUCUGCAGACGGGUGGCUGUGAGCAGACGGCCGGCCCUCCAUCCUGGCACUUCUCUCCAUCCUGGUAACUCACAGUCCCCGGACCGAAAACAGGAAGAUGAGCUGCUCCUCUGAGGAUGAGAAGGUGACAUCCGUCCCACUGCCUCAGGACGGCGUUGGGACUGUCGUCCUCCGCUGUGCAUCCUCUGAGGAGGACUCGGGGCCUGUUCAGAAGAAGCUGUGUCUCUCCACGGAAGAGCCGGAGACCCUGGAGAACCCGGACCCGGCUCGGUUCUCCGUGGUCACCAUCCCCAUGUCGGAGAACGACGAGAGCUUCGAGGUGACCAUGACGGCCACCACGGGCGGAGACCUGACGGAGGGGGGCGUGGCUCACAUUCAGCUGCUGCAGGACGAGGACGGAGACGUGUCCCUGAAGAGCGAAGUGUCUGCAGUCAGUCAGGCCUGGUUCACCACCAAGGAGGACAAGGACACGCUGGCUAACAAAGGUCACAAGUGGAAGCAGGGCAUGUGGUCUAAGGAGGAGAUCGACAUCCUGAUGAGCAACAUCGAUCGAUAUGUGAAGGAACGUGGUAUCGACGACCCGGCCGAGAUCAUUUUCGAGAUGUCCAAAGAGGAGAGGAAGGACUUCUACCGCUCGGUGGCGCUGGGCCUCAACAGGCCGCUGUUCGCCGUCUACAGACGAGUGCUGAGGAUGUACGACAACCGGAACCACGUCGGCAAGUACACUCCCGAGGAGAUCCAGAAGCUGAGGGGCUUGAGGGAGAAACACGGGAACGACUGGGCGACCAUCGGCGCCGCUCUGGGGCGCAGCGCCUCGUCGGUCAAGGACCGCUGCCGCCUGAUGAAGGACACCUGCAACACAGGGAAGUGGAGCGAGGACGAGGAGCGGCGCCUGGCCGAGGUGGUGUACGAGAUGGCGGGCGUGACGCCGGGCUCGGCCGUCACCGGCGGCGUCUCCUGGGCGACGGUGGCCGAGCGGGUCCGGACGCGCUCCGAGAAGCAGUGCCGCUCCAAGUGGCUGAACUACCUGAACUGGAAGCACAGCGGCGGCACCGAGUGGACCAAGGAGGACGAGCUCAGCCUCGUGCGCAGGAUCUGGGAGCUGGAGGUGGAGGACGAGAACGAGAUCAAGUGGGAGGAGCUGGCGGGCGGCUGGAGCAGCGUGCGCUCCCCCCAGUGGCUGCGGUCCAAGUGGUGGACCAUCAAGAGACAGGUGGCCAAUCACAAGGACAUCCCCUUCAAUGUGCUCCUGAAGGGUCUGCAGGAGCUGAUGGCGUCCUCUCAUUCAGCGUCCGGACCAGGAAGUCCCUCCUCCCCCUCCUCCUUCCAGAUCCGGCUUACCCGAUUGGAUGAGAGCAGCGGUAGCCCCGCCCCCAGCUCGGUGACAUCGUUGCAGAUCCCCGUUCAGAUCCCGUUACAGAUCACACACCUGGCCUCAGACUCGACAGCAGCCUCCACCGACGGCGACACCAUCACCGUGAACGCCGGCGCCCUGCAGACCUUCGAGAUCCUCCCGUCCUUCCACCUGCAGCCCACCGGCACGCCGGGGACCUACUUCCUGCAGACCGGCUCCAGCCAGGCUCUUCCUCACGGCGCCGUUACCUUGACGACGGCCUCCUCGCCGUCGCCGCAUGAGCACAUCAUCCUGCACAGCCUGUCGACCGACUCCCUGUGCUCCGGCGACGGCGUCAUCAUCCAGACGGUGACCUCUGACCCCGAGCCCGACCCCUCGGACCAGCUGAUCCAGUCGCAGGUGGUCGUGGAGGCGGCGCCGCCGACCCGGGACGACCGUCUCGACGCCACCAGUCUGCUGGAGGGGUCGGAGGUCGUCGCCGUGGGAACGCAGGAGGCGAUGGCGGACGGCUUCACAGAGAAGGCUCUGGGCUCCCCGCCUCCGCAGCCCCCAGCAGUGCAUUCUGGGAUAGCGGCCGGCAGCGCCAUGCUGAUCGUGUCUCCUGCAAACAUCAGCAGCACGCUAACAGAUCCCAUCCUGGAGAACCAGGAAGCCUCGGACUGAGCUGCUCUCCAGUGGGCGGAGCCCUGGAGGAAAGGUGAAGCUGUCGUGCCUGGUUCUGCCUGGUUCUGCCUGGUUCUGCCUGGUUCUGCCUGGCUCCACCUGGUUCUGCCCGGCUCCACCUGGUUCUGCCUGGCUCCACCUGGUUCCGGCGGUCCUGAAGUGGGUCUGGUGACUGUUGGACCAGCUGGCUGGUUCCUCCUGGUCCACUCAGAACCAAGCAGAAUGUAGAACUCUGCUGUGUCGUGGCACCGGUUCCUCCGCCGGUCCAGGUCGGGUUCUGAUCCGCCAAAAUAAAAGUCUGCUGCUCGCCCUUGAACUGAGCCGAGACUUCCUGCUGCCCGUCCCUCUGCGGGGACAGACGGAGACACUGGAAGACUUCCUGCUGCCCGUCCCUCUGCGGGGACAGACGGAGACACUGGAAGACUUCCUGCUGCCCGUCCCUCUGCGGGGACAGACGGAGACACUGGAAGACUUCCUGCUGCCCGUCCCUCUGCGGGGACAGACGGAGACACUGGAAGACCUCCUGGAAGACUGGCUACUAACGCGAGGAGACGUUGACUCCUGCGGAGCUGCUGGUCUCUUCAGACCCGGCGUCUGGCGGAAACUGUAUUUAUUGUGAAAAUGUGAAGAACCAGAAUGUGUGUUACGUAUAAACAGAAGGUGUUUCCAGACAGUCCAGGAACCACUGAAUAGAUUUCAACGUUCUGCAUGAUCCAGAAAUAAUGUGUUCAUAGCAGCGACUCAUCAGUAACUUUUUAUUUUCUUAUUUACAUUUUAUUCCUCCAAACUCCCAGAGAUUCAAAAGCUGAAGUGUUUAUAAAAAAAAUUAACGUUGCUAAUUCAUGUUCCAGUUCUUGCGGUGUGUGUGUGUGUGUGUGUGUGUGUGUGUGUGUGUGUGUGUGUGUGUGUGUAUAAAGUCAUCGGCUGUUUGACGUGGGGACGUUCAGAGGACAGUGGAUGUCCCUGGAUGGACAGGUGCUGCAGACUCCCCGGUCCAGUCCCCUCUUCCUGCCUCCAGCGCGCUCCGGGAUUCAAACCGUGGUCCCAGAGGACAGCCGCG